AUGGCCGGAACUAAACGCACCUGGGACGGCAAACAGCUCUCACUCCAACCCAACAACAACGAGCACCAGACGACGACAAUGGCCGAACAAUCAACGCAAAUCCUCUCCAUCUUCGAGACCUUCCGCAACGAGCUAGACGAGCACCACGAUCGGCGCGAGCGACUAAUCAAGAUCUCAAGGGACAUUACAGCGCUGAGCAAGAAGAUAAUUCGGAAACUCAACGCCCCUCUCCCGGAAAACAUCACCAAAGAAACCCAAUCCCGCUUCACCCAAAUCCAGUCCCUCUUCACCAACGCCCUCCCAGACGUCACCGGCCCAAACAAAUGGCGGUACCAGCGCCAGCUCAGCGGCGCGAUCCAGGAAUACAUCGAGGCGCUCUCCUUCCACCACUACCUGACUACGCAGACCCUCAUCACGCUCCCUGAAGUGUGCACGAAACUCCCCGCGGAGAUACUCGUCACGGAGGAGGAUUAUCUGUUGGGGUUGUUCGAUUUAACUGGGGAGAUGAUGCGGUUUGCGGUUACGGCGCUGUCGGCUGGGUCGGUUGCUUCUGACGAGAAAAAGAUGGGGCUGAGUAGAGAGCAGAAUGGGAUUGUGGUGGAUUUGAGGGAGAUGAGGUCACUAUUUGAGGGGUUGAGUGUGUCCAGACGGCAUAAUUUGAUUAAGGAUCUCGGGAAGAAGAUGGAUGUUAUGCAGGGGAGUGUGGAGAAGGUGGAGAGGGCUGCUUAUGGGAUAUUGGUGAGGGGGAGUGAGAGACCGGCUGGGUGGAUGCCGGAUCUCUCUGGGGGUGGUGAUGAGGGGUAUUAGUUCAUGCCUGUUGUUCGGGGUUGUGGAGUGUGCGUGUUAUGUAUGUAUGUAUGUCUUACUCAUGUACUUUAAGAAGAGUGGGAUUGUUCUGAACUAGGUAAGCUAGACUUAGCUAAACUAUGAACUAUCCCAGCAGCUCAGAUCAACAAGGCCAUAUUAAGCUCACAUCU